AUCCUCCAUUCUCUCCCAUUAUCCUCUUCUUCCCGCAUCAGCCGCUGCCAUCCCACACCUCCUGCCGCCUCAAGGCUCGCACCACCACCCCCAUCUUAGACCUUUGUGGCUCCGCCUCACGCUCGCGUCAGCGCCUUUGCCUCCUCUGCCUCAAACGCAAACCGGCAGCUACUGCCUCCACCUCGAGCUCGCGUUGGCGGACGUUGCCUUCACCUCGAGCUUUGCGCUGGUGGCGUGCGCCUCAAGCUCGCGCCGGUGGUCUGCGCCUCAUGCUCGUGCUAGUGGCCGCCUCCUCCUCUACCUCAGGCCUCCGCAUCAUGCUCGCACCGGCAACCUCUGCUCGCGUCGCGGACCUCCGCUCGCGCCAUCAAAGGUCAAAAAGGUAAGUGAGUUGGAGGAGCCACACGGAGCCAGUUUUUGGGCUCCUCCACCAAAUAGCUCCAAUGAGCGGAAAUUCAGGGGUUACUCUGCCGAAGCCAUUUGGUUCUACCCUAUUUGUUUGAUAGGGCUCCAGCAGAAGCUGUGAAAGGAGCUCAAGCUGGAGGCCUCUCAAAGAGGCCCGUAAUUAAACCGUUUGGUGCCCACAAUUUGCUCAGCUGGCAUGUGGGUCCAUCUUUGCUUCUCGAUCAACAGCUUACCUGGAUGGAAAUAUGUUGUCACUAACUAAGUUUUAAAUUACCACGUAAUCAUGGGAAAUUAUACAAAUAUCUAAACAGGUACACCGUGGUCAAUUUGAAACUGGCCCCGCCCCUGCCUGGAUGCUCCCUUGUUUCAUGUCUGCCGUCGGUCUCAUGGUACCCACGCUACUAACAGUACGUCAGGAAGAAAUAAAGAAACGAAAGGCGAAGAGCAACCAAAUGAAACAUGCAUGAUGUGCACUGCCGACCGGUACCCUUCAGCUUCAUUAGCGUGGAAAAGAUGCAAAAGUUUCUUGCAAUCCGGGUGGCCUUUCUGAAAGCACCUGAACCUGAACCUGACGGACUGGUAGUAACUUUUUGUUUGUUGCCACUCAAACACAAAUGCCAUUUGCGCUGAGCAAACUCCAUUAGCAAUUUACUUUAUGAUAAUGCGGCAUACAAAUGACAACGCUAAUAAUUAAAGUCCUGUCUCAGCUUGCUCUCUCCCUACCCCUGCAGAUGUGUUCGACAGGUUCCGAGAUGACACGGGCAGUUUCAGAGCAAGUCUGAGCAGCGACCCGGGUGGCCUGCUGAGCCUGUACAACGCGGCCCACAUGACGACGCCCGGCGAGUGGGUCCUGGACGAGGCCAUCUCCUUCUGCAGGCGCCACCUCGAGUCCAUGAGAGGCGAGCUCGCGUCGCCCCUCGCGGAGCAGGUGUCCCGUGCCCUCGACAUCCCUCUCCCGCGGCUCCCCAAGCGGCUGGAGACGGUGCGCUACAUCGUCGAGUGGUGGAAGGAGGUUUAUGGGGAUGUGAAGCUGAGUUACGCCCGAGACCGCCUGGUGGAGAACUACUUCUGGACCUGUGGGGUGUUCCAUGAGGAGUACUCCCGUGCAAGGAUGCUGUUUGCCAAGACGUUCGGAAUGCUGUCACUGAUGGAUGAUACUUACGAUGUGUAUGCUACGCUAGAGGAGUGCCACGUACUCAACGAAGCCAUACAAAGAUGGGAUGAAAGUGCUGUUUCUACUCUCCCGGAAUACAUGAAGAAGUUCUACAUCAAUCUUCUCAAGACCUUUCAAGAGUGCGAGGAUAGCUUGCAGCCUGAUGAGAAGUACCGUGUCUCCUAUGCAAAGAAAGCGUUUCAGCUGUCAUCCAAGUACUAUCUGGACGAGGCCAAGUGGUCCAGUGAGAAGUACGCUCCGAGCUUCGAGGAGCACGUGGAGGUGUCGGUCAUGUCGUCUGGCUUCCCGACGCUAGCCGUGGUGCUGCUCAUGGGCGCCGGCGACCUGGCGACACGGGAGGCCUUCGAGUGGGCGAUCGGCGUGCCCGCCGUGGUCAGCGCCAGCGGGGAGGUCGCCCGUUUCCUCAACGACAUCGCGUCGUACAGGAAGGGGAAGAACAAGAAGGACGCGUUGAGCUCGGUGGAGUGCUACGCCAGGGAGCGCGGCGUGUCCGGGGAGGAGGCCGCGGCGGCGAUCGCCGGCAUGGCCGAGAACGCGUGGCGGAUGAUCAACCGCUCGUGCAUGGAGGUGGGCGGCGCGCUGCUGCCGGCCGCGCGGCUGGUGGUGAAUCUGACCAAGACGCUCGAGGUCAUAUACCUCGGCGGUAGGGACGCCUACACCUUCGCCGGCGACCUCAGGGACCUCGUCGUCUCCCUCUUCCUCAACGGCCCUGCUAUCUAAAAUUCUAAAUCUGUAUCUUGCCCGCAGCCGGCGGAUCUCAGGGACGGAGUCGCAGCAACUCGACACUGGAUUGCUUCCUCCCUCUUUCUCUCUCUGUUUUUUUUUCAAAUAAUGCCCGCUUUCUCUGUGUGUGUGGGCGUGGGUGUGCUGUCAGUCAGUUGGAAUUUUUUUUUACGAAGCAUGCAUGUAAUGUGUUUUGAAAAUAAAAAUAAAUGCAAAAGAAGAUUCAGUUAAGUAUACGCCAAAACA